AUAAAACGGGGCGGUAUUUUUACUUACAAAAGGAAAAUACUGCAUCUCUGAUUCAACUUCAGUGCUGUUGGUUUAUGGCGUUAUAAAUCUAGUAGUCCUAAAUUUAACGUUUUUGUUGCUGGCGUAGUGCAGGGAUUACAUGCGUCGACCAAAUAUAGGUCCCGCGUUUGUUGAUUAUGCGCGUCGAAUCAGAUCUCAGUUCACGCUGAAAAGAACAACAAAUAAAUGGUCUAGUCUAAAGGUUAGUAUUAUCAAUAAUACGAACAUGUUUGACCCUAAAAAGACGGAGAGCGUGAACACCACUCAUGAGAUGGAGUUUAGACGGACGGCUGUGAAGAGAAAGUCUAAAGGAUUACGGGAAUUGCAAGACCAUGACCAUACUUUAGUUAUACCUAAACCCGCCGAUCCUGAUUGCUCUGUGUGGAGCCCUGUUAAUGUUCCAGGGGUACCUCCAAGCCCUAUGAAGGGACAAGUAGGGCUUCACAGCCUAGAAAAUGUGCCAGAGACAAGGCCUACCAACAGUCCAAACAAGGGAGCAUCACCAGGCACCCAGAAUCCAGGGAAGGACCUAGGAUUCCCCAGCCCAGAAAAAAGCCUGCCAAAGGGGACUGUAGGAGCUCAGUCCCCAGUGAAAGAAUCAGGAUCCAUGAUGAGAAGCCCUGUGGCCAGGACAGGGAGACAUGGAGCGAUAGCAGGAACAGCCUGUAACCUGCCCGACCUCAUCAUUCACCUUGGGGAAAACCAAUCAGCUGUCAACGGCCCUAGAUGCCCCACCUCUACAGACCUUGGCCUGUGUACCAACCCCGGAAGUCAACUGGACACCCACAGACUUAGGCCAUACAGAGAAGACAAAUUGGACCUUAACAAGGGCAGAGAUCCGGGUCUCUCUCCAAUCAAUGGCAAUUAUUUGACUAACAAUGUACUGGUCAAUGGCCACAGAGGGGACCAAGAGGGUGGAGAGAAUGUGGAUAUGGUUCUCCAUGUGGCGUUGUCCACUUCUCCAGGAACUCAGAUGGGGACGGAGUUGAACAAGGGGGCCAAGCUUCCGGAAUUCCCUACAGAAGAUAACAGCGUGGAGAGGGGUAGGGAGGAGAACAAAGUGCAAGAUUCCACAGAGCAAAAACUGUAUAAGAUUGCUAACGAGCUACUGCAGACUGAGAGGGCAUAUGUGGCUCGUCUUCACCUGAUAGACCAGGUUUUUCGUUCACGGCUGGCAGUAGAGGCAGGUAUGGGUUCAUUCCCUAUAACUGUUAUAAGGAACAUCUUCUCCAACAUCUCCUCCAUCCACACCUUCCACAGUCAGUUCCUCCUGCCAGACCUGGAAGCUCGAAUGGACCAAUGGUCUGUUAUGCCUCGUCUGGGUGAUGUCAUGCAGCAACAUGCUCCCUUCCUCAGGAUGUAUGCUGAGUAUGUGAUGAGCUUUGACCAAGCUAUGGAGCUACUUAAAGUGUGGACCGAGAGGUCUGCCCCAUUCAGGAACAUUGUGCAAGAAAUACAGUGUCAGCAGGUGUGUGGUAGCUUGACCCUGCAGCACCACAUGCUGGAGCCUGUGCAGAGAGUUCCUCGCUAUGAGAUGCUGCUCAGGGAUUACCUAACGAGACUUCCUGACAAUGACUUAGACCGUAGCCACGCUGAGAAGUCUCUGCAGGUUAUCUCCAUGGCAGCAACACACUGCAAUAGCUCCAUCCGCAAAUCAGAGAAUCUAAAAAAGAUGCUGGAGAUCUGUGAGAUGUUGGGGGAGGAGGAUGAAAUGAUGAGCCCCUCCAAUGAGUUUAUCAAGGAGGGACGCAUCCUGAAGCUGGCUGCCAGAAAUGCCUCGGCCAUGGAAAGACACCUCUUCCUGUUCAACAACAUGCUCCUCUGCUGCACUCCACGGUUCAGCCUGGUGGGGCAGCGGUUCACUGUACGAACGCGGAUUGGCGUGGCAGGCAUGACCGUGCAUCGCACCACCCAUGAGGGCCACCCACACACCCUCCAGGUGUCUGGCAAGGAGAAAACCUUGGAACUGCAGGCCAGCUCUGAGCAAGAGAUAGAGGACUGGAUAAAGGCUUUUCAAGACACCAUUGAUGCUUACCAGCAAAAGAAUGAGAAUUUUAAGAUAAUUUCUAAGGAAUUGGAGUUUGAGGUGCUGGGUCGGCGUGCACCAAAGUGGAUCAGGGACAAUGAGGUAGCAGAGUGCAUGAAAUGUAGUGAACCCUUCAACGCCCUCACUCGUCGGAGACACCAUUGCAGAGCCUGUGGAUGUGUGAUCUGUUGGAAGUGUUCUGACAACAAAGUAACUCUGGAGUACGAUGGCAAAGUCAGUAAGGUGUGUGGAGACUGCCACUCCGCCCUGAGGAAGGAAAGGGCAGAAGGCAAUAAGGGAAUUUUGGAGAAGCCUCAGCAUUACACCCCAACUGUCCAUCCAUACCCUUUUCCCAGAAUGUGAGGGCCUUGUCUAGACCUCACUUGCGAGAAGCAGGUGACUGUUCUCAUCACUGGAAGUGGCACAAUGGUUACUAAAAACAGUAUGAUUAUUAAUGUCAAUGGCGUGGUUGUCAAUGGUAACACAGUUGUCACUGACUGGUUAAGGGAGUGUUGCUUAUUGAAAUGGGACGGCUGUCGAAGAUUCAGAGGAAGCUCGCUUGAACAGCUUCUGUGAGUUUACAAACACACCUAUGUUUCAGUACAUGUAUUUGGUGUUAUGGUGGUACUAACAUGUAUUUUGUAGUGGACUGACAAAGAUAUUUGUUUUUGUAAAAAUUCGGGAGAUAAAAUGUGGCAAUAUUGUUCCUAUUCCCUAUCAGUUUCAACAAACAUUGCCUUUAUUGUUUGUACUAGAAAUUAUUUGGCUUUUAAAAAAUAAAGUGAAACUUCUUUUAAAGCACUAUUUUGGAACUUGUUCCUAACAUUUUUAGUGGAGGCAAGUUUUUUUCACUUACUGUUUCACUUCAUUUUCACUCACAGACCAUGCUGAUCUCUCCUCCUUCUCUUUAGAUAGUGUAUCUUCAUAACACUGACAAGAGGUGUCUUACUAGAUUAGAUUUAUUGCAACACAAUCACAAUGACCAAA